UAAUGUCUUACUAUGGCAUUGCUUAUGCCUUUCGAUUAAUAAAACUCUUUUUGUUUUUGGCCUUUCAAAAAAAAUACACUAGUUUCUUUCCACAUAUUUGCUGAGAAAAAGAAGAAAAAAGAAAAUGGAAGAAAUAGAACACAGAACAGUUGAAGUGAAUGGUAUCAAAAUGCAUAUCGCAGAAAAAGGAAAAGAAGGACCAGUAGUCUUGUUCCUCCAUGGCUUCCCCGAACUCUGGUACUCAUGGCGCCACCAAAUUGUAGCUCUCAGUACCCUUGGUUACCGCGCAGUGGCACCGGAUCUCCGUGGUUACGGCCAUACCGAAGCUCCCGCUUCAAUAAGUAGCUACACAGGUUUUCAUAUGGUAGGUGACAUCAUUGCUCUCAUCGACUCACUCGGUGUUGAACAGGUUUUCCUUGUUGCUCAUGAUUGGGGUGCUGUCAUUGGAUGGUAUCUAUGCAUGUUUCGCCCCGAAAGAAUCAAAGCCUAUGUGUGUCUCAGUGUCCCUUUUAUCGGUAGAAACCCCAAAGUCACAACCAAUGAUGCUAGACGUGCUGCUUAUGGAGAUGACUAUUAUACAUGCAGAUUUCAGGAACCGGGCAAAAUGGAAGCCGAGAUGGCUGAAGUUGGCACGGCAUAUGUGCUGAAAAAUAUCCUCACAACUCGUCAAACUGGUCCUCCGAUUCUUCCAAAGGGAGAGUAUGGAACGGGAUUCAAUCCGGAUACCCCUCGCACUCUGCCCUCUUGGCUCGGAGGAGACGAUCUUGCUUAUUUUGUCUCCAAAUUUGAGAAAACGGGCUUCACUGGAGGAUUGAACUACUAUAGAAACUCUAACUUAAAUUGGGAGCUCACAGCACCAUGGACUGGAGUCAAAAUCAAGGUACCUGUGAAAUUCAUUACAGGUGAAUUAGACCUAGUAUACACUACGCCCGGCAUGAAGGAGUAUGUCCAUGGUGGAGGAGGUUUCAAGGAUGACGUGCCCAAUUUGGAGGAAGUGAUUGUGCAAAAAGGUGUGGCUCACUUCAACAAUCAAGAAGCAGCAGAGGAAAUUAGUAAUCAUAUUUACGAGUUCAUCCAGAAGUUCUGAACUGAUAUCUGCAUCACUGCAUGUCCUCCAUCCUCUUAAUAAUAUUCUUGAUCUAUUUCUCAGGGCAAACAAUAAGAUACCUCUUCAAUAUAUGCUUUUGAAGAAAGCUUUAUUGUGAAUACCAUGUUAAUUAUGUCUAUUUGCUUCAAUGAAUGAUAAAUGAAGCGAAAAAAGAGUUGUCCAUACACGUUUCUAG